AUGCCAGCUAACACUGAUGAGAAGGACCCUGGGAAGGUCACUGUGUACACUGGAGCACAGCGACCAGACCUCCUAGCCCUCACCAAACGAGAUGACUGCCCGCUGAUAUACAUGUGGCCCGAGUUCUUGGACGGUGCUAUAACGACCCAGCGCCAUUUCGAAAAGCUAUACGACCUCCCCGAGUUCGCUAAAUGCCAGCUCGUCGCCGUCCACACGCUGCAUGGCAAAGAAACCAUCGUCGGGAACGGCAAUUGCAUACCGUUCUUCUGGAGGGAGCUGGCGGACAUCGGGAACAACAGCAAGGCAUCAGACUUUGCAGCGGUCCUGCGAACGCUUCCGGACGGAGGCUUCGACACCAUCCUGGCCCGCGGCGUGCACCAAGCUGUCGCCCGAAAGCGCAAGAAGAAGAUGGAGCCCGUAGCCCUCACCCACGACCAGGUCACGGACAUGGAUAGCUGGGCCCUGACAGAAGCCCCCAACGCCCUCUCUGCUCUGGCCAUUGCCGUCCUCCCCGCCUGGAGAAGCUACAACGUCGCCGAGAUGCUUAUCAAGGCAAUGAAAGACGUUGCUCAGGCCGAAAACCUGGCCAUCCUCGUCGUGCCGCUGCGGCCUACCCGGAAGGCUGAAUUCCCACACGUCGACAUGGCCGAAUACCUCGGAUGGAGCAGACAGACAGAAGGCCCGGCGGGCGAGACUAGCAAAGACACAGUAAAGAACAAUACCAACGGCAAGCCAGAGACUGCUGCUGCCCCUAUCCCUGUGCCUGAAGAGGACUCCGCGGCCUUUGUCCCCUUUGACCCCUGGCUGCGCAAACACAUCCGCCUGGGGGCUAAGAUGGUCAAGAUCGCGCGUCAGAGCAUGUUCAUCCGGGGUAGCGCAGCCGAGUGGAAGACAUGGUGCGACCUCGAUGUCCGCCAGCGGGCAGACAAGGCCGUAGAGCAGCGGAAGCGUGUCUGGGUGGAGGCCGGUAGCACAGAGGCGCCUGUCAUCUUCACGCCCAGUGGCUGCCUGGCGCCGAUGCUGUACUACCCGAGCAGAGACGUGGGUGAGUACUGCGAGCCCAACGUCUGGCUCUUCCAUUCACUCAACUAG